UCUAAGAAUGAAGAACAGAGUCAUCAUUAGCCUUUUAGACAACAAAACCAUACAUAUCAUAAAGGAAGUACAAAUUAACUACUAAUUUAGUAGUUGUAAUUAUUAUCUCGAGCAGCAAAAAUGGAGAGAAAGCCUCUAGAAGUCGAGUCAACGGAUCACCAACAACCUUCCUCCGCCUUGUACGAUGGUUCUGUUCCGGCGGUUGAUUCUGUUGAGGAAGAAGUUAAGGAGACCAAAGUCGUUUAUAGAGGCUGGAAAGUCAUGCCCUUUAUCAUUGGAAACGAGACAUUCGAGAAGCUUGGGAUCAUUGGAACACUAUCAAACCUUUUGGUUUAUUUAACCGCUGUCUUCAACAUGAAGAGUAUCACAGCUGCAACAAUCAUCAAUGCAUUCAGUGGCACAAUCAACUUCGGAACCUUCCUCGCUGCUUUCCUCUGCGACACUUACUUCGGUCGAUACAAGACUCUAACCGUCGCUGUCAUCGCCUGUUUUCUUGGAUCACUUGUGAUACUAUUGACAGCUGCAGUGCCACAACUACAUCCAACUCCAUGCGGAACAGCUCUCUCAUGUGUCGGGCCUAGCGGUGGCCAGAUAGCGUUUCUACUGCUGGGUCUCGGGUUUCUUGUAGUUGGAGCAGGUGGGAUUAGACCGUGUAAUCUAGCUUUCGGAGCUGAUCAGUUUAACCCCAAGAGCGAGUCAGGGAAAAGAGGGAUCGACAGUUUCUUCAACUGGUACUUCUUCACCUUCACGUUCGCGCAGAUCUUGUCGCUGACACUAAUCGUCUAUAUCCAGUCUAAUGUAAGUUGGACCAUCGGUCUAACCAUCCCGGUCGUUCUCAUGUUCUUGGCCUGCGUGAUUUUCUUUGCUGGAGAUAAGUUGUACGUAAAGAUCAAAGCCUCAGGUAGUCCAUUAGCCAGUAUAGCUCAAGUUAUAGCGGUUGCAAUCAAGAAACGUGGGUUAAAGCCAACGAAACAGCCUUGGCUUAACCUUUACAACUACUACCCACCAAAAUACGCAAACUCCAAGCUCAAAUACACCGACCAGUUUAGGUUUCUUGAUAAGGCGGCGAUCUUGGCUCCCGAAGACAAGUUGGAAGCUGAUGGAAAGCCUGCGGAUCCGUGGAAGCUUUGUACAAUGCAACAAGUUGAAGAAGUAAAGUGCAUCGUGAGAGUGCUUCCUAUAUGGUUUGCCGCAUCCAUCUAUUACUUAACCAUCACGCAACAGAUGACCUAUCCCGUCUUCCAAGCCCUUCAGAGCGACCGUCGCUUAGGCUCCAGAGGAUUCGUGAUCCCGGCAGCCACCUACGUCGUCUUCUUGAUGACAGGAAUGACGGUUUUCAUCAUAUUCUACGACCGUGUCCUCGUGCCUACCUUAAGAAGAAUAACCGGUAUAGACACGGGGAUAACGCUCUUGCAAAGGAUUGGAACUGGUAUUUUCUUCGCCUUUGUUAGCUUGAUAGUCUCCGGUUUCGUCGAGGAACGGAGGAGAACGUUGGCGCUGACUAAACCAACACUCGGUAUGGCUCCACGGAAGGGAGAAAUCUCUUCGAUGUCAGCUAUGUGGCUGAUCCCACAACUCGCCCUUGCGGGUAUAGCCGAGGCGUUUGGAGCUAUUGGACAGAUGGAGUUUUACUACAAGCAGUUCCCUGAGAACAUGAGGAGCUUCGCCGGUUCGAUCUUUUAUGUGGGAGGAGGAGUUUCGAGUUACCUCGGUAGCUUCUUGAUUGCGACGGUUCACCGGACGACGCAGAACUCGGCUGGUGGUAAUUGGUUAGCUGAGGAUUUGAACAAAGGAAGAUUGGAUUACUUCUAUUUCAUGAUCGCUGGAAUCUUGGCGGUUAAUUUUGCUUAUUUCUUGGUCAUUUCAAGAUGGUAUAGGUAUAAAGGAAGUGAUGAUGAGGUGACAACUUGUGAAACCAAUGGAGAUGCCAUCAAACAACAAGAAAAGAACAAUGUCUGAUGAACAUGCAGUUUCUCAUCUUCUGGAAGUUAUAAGGCAUAGUUUUUGGUCAGCUUCAGUCCUCUUACACUCUUGGACUUGCAUGUAGUAAGCCAUAAAGAAAUGCAGAAGUCAUAUACUUGUUCUGGCUAUUUAUUUUUGGGAUUUUUACUGGUUACUAUGUUAUGAUCACAUCUCUUUAGUUCUAUCGUCGUGGAGAAAAGACAGAUUAUAAAAUCAAAUGUAUUGCCAAAUAAAAAGUCGUAUUGCA